AUGGCUUUCGCCAGCCUCCUGGAGCACGUGGGGGGCAUGGGACGCUUCCAGGUGCUGUCGGUGCUGCUGCUGUCGCUGCCCGUGCUGAUGAUGGCCAGCCACAACCUCCUGCAGAACUUCACCGCCGCCACCAGCGACCACCGGUGCCGCCUGCGCCCCGAGGCCAACGCCACCGGCCUCGACCCCGAGGCCCUGCUGAGGGUCUGGGUGCCCCGUGGGGAGCGGUGCCGGCGCUUUGUGACACCCCAGUGGUGGCUCUUGGAGGCCAACGGUUCAGCACCCAACGGCUCCGGGCUGGAGACGGAGCCGUGCGGCGAUGGUUGGAGCUACGACCGCAGCGUCUUCACCAGCACCAUCAUCACCGAGUGGGACCUGGUGUGCAGCUCCCGGGGGCUGAAGCAGCUGGCGCAGUCGCUCUACAUGGCCGGGGUCCUGGUGGGCGGCGUCUUCGGGGGGCUCUCGGACAGGUUCGGCCGCCGCUCGGUGCUCACCUGGUGCUACCUGCAGAUGGCCGCCAUGGGCACCUGCUCAUCCUUCGCGCCCACCUUCACCGUGUACUGUCUGUUCCGCUUCCUGACGGGCAUGGCCUUCUCAGGCAUCGUCCUCAACAGCGUCUCCCUCUCGCUGGAGUGGAUGCCGACACACAUGCGGGCACUGGUGGGCACCUUCAUGGGCUACUGCUACACGGCCGGGCAGUUCCUGCUGGCCGGCAUCGCCUUCGCUGUCCCCGACUGGCGGCAGCUGCAGCUCGUGGUGUCCCUGCCCUUCUUCGGCUUCUUCCUCUACUCCUGGUGGCUGACGGAGUCAGCGCGGUGGCUCGUCAUGGUGGGGAGGUCCCACCAGGCCCUGCGGGAGCUCCAGAAGGUGGCCAGGAUCAACGGGAAGAAGGAGGAAGGCGACAAGCUCGACAUUGAAACCCUGAGGUCCCACAUGGAAAAGGAGAUGACGUCAUCGAGGACUCGCCACACCGUGGUUGACCUGGUCCGGACGCCCGUCCUGCGCCGCAUCUCCUUCUGCCUCUGCUUCGUGUGGUUCUCCACCAGCUUUGCCUACUACGGGCUGGCAAUGGACCUGCAGAACUUUGAGUUCGACAUUUACAUCAUCCAGCUGAUCUUCGGCGCCGUGGACUUCCCGGCCAAGCUGAUGUCCAUCCUCACCAUCACCUACGUGGGGCGCCGCUUCACCCAGGCCAUCGCCCUCAUCCUGGCCGGCCUGGCCAUCCUGGCCAACAUCUUGGUGCCGCAAGACCUGCGGACACUCCGGACAGCCCUGGCUGUCUUUGGCAAAGGUUGUUUGGCCGCGUCCUUCAACUGCGUCUUCCUCUACACCGGCGAGCUCUACCCCACCGUGAUCCGGCAGACAGGCAUGGGCUUGGCCAACACCAUGUCGCGGCUGGGCAGCAUCAUGGCCCCCCUGGUGAAGAUGGCGGGCGAGCUCUUCCCGGUGCUGCCCUUCAUCAUCUACGGCGCCGCGCCCGUGGUGUCGGGGCUGGUGGCCACGUUCCUGCCCGAGACACGGAACAUGGCCCUGCCCGAGACCGUGGAGGAGGUGGAGGGAAGCCUCAGGGACCCCAAGGACCCAAGAUCCCAGCCCCAGAGUGCCCAGUCAUCCCAAGAGCUCAGAGAUCUCGAGGACUCCGGGAUCCCAAGGAUCCCAAAGAUUCCAGGAUCCCAAGGACCAAGGACUCCGGUGCCUGAAUGUCCAGGGAUUCGGGAUCCCAAGGAUUCCCAACAUUCUGAGGACACAGGGAUGUCCCAGAAUUCCCAAGUCCCCGCAGAUCCCGAGGAUCCACGUGUCCAGCCCACACCAUCCCCACCUGUCCCCUGA